UUCCCCCCGAAGCUCUUCGAAAAUGGAGAAGACCGCACCUCCGCCCGUCGCGAUCCCUUCCUCCCCCUUCCUCCCGCACUCCCCCGCCUACUCGCACCCCCCGCCGCCGUCGCCGCCGCCGCCCCAGUUCUGCCCGGCGACCCCUCCUCCCCCGGCGGCGGCGCCUCACGACAGCGGCGGGUGCCCGCCGUCCCCUGCUGCUGCUCCGGCGGCGGCGGCGGCGGGGGUCCUCAGCCCCUGCGCCGCGUGCAAGAUCCUGCGGCGGAGGUGCGCCGCAGACAAGUGCGUCCUGGCGCCGUACUUCCCGCCGACGGAGCCGUACAAGUUCACCAUCGCCCACCGGGUCUUCGGGGCCGCCAACAUCAUCAAGUUCUUGCAGGAACUCCCGGAGUCCCGACGGGCCGACGCUGUGAGCAGCAUGGUCUACGAGGCGAGCGCGCGGAUCCGAGACCCGGUGUACGGCUGCACGGGCGCGAUCUCUCAGCUCCAGAAGCAAGUCGUGGAGCUCCAGGCGCAGCUCGCCAAGGCGCAAGCCGAGAUCGCGAACGUGCAAUGCCAGAACGCCAACUUGCUCACCCUCAUCUGCAUGGAGGUGUCUCAAAUCCAAGACCAGCCCGUUUUCCAGCAGCAAUGCCCCGCGGUGGACGCGAGCUGCUUCCUGGACGAGACCAGCCUCGCCUCUUCUUGGGAACCGCUUUGGACAUGAGAAGGAACGGCAGCUCCAAUGGCGUUCGACCUUCAUGUUGGGGUUUCGAGGAAGAAAAGACGGACACGAGGAGAGGAGACGGGAAUUGUCAAUAAAGAGAGAUUAGUUAAUGUUAGAUACGUGAUAGUCAAACUGAGGGUCUUGGCCCAAAUUCAGAAAAAAAAAAAAGGUUGAUGGGAUGCAUGCGAAUCUUUUGGAUUGCUGAUACAGAAGUGUUCACAGGGAAAGAAACGGAUGACAGAGAAAAAUGGCGGGGAGAUCUCUGAGUCACUUUCCUUUGGACUAUCGUAACCUUGUUCAAUCAAUACUAUAUUAUAGCUUUAUGUGACCUAAUUUAUCUAUGAUCAGUCGUCAAACUUUAUGACUACUUUUGUGAGGA